GGCGGUAAUGCGCUAAUGAAGUAAGCUACCGCCGCAUCUGAAGAAGAAGAAACACCUUACAACAAAUUAAAUGUUCCUUAUAGCUGCGUGUAUUUAUCAUUUGGACGUUAAAUGUAGCCCUUGGUUUCUUUGAAGAGUUUUUUUGUUGCUCUCCAUUUGACUGCAGCGUGUCACCGUCCUUAUCUGCCGUAGCUACGAGUGUUUACCAACUAUAGCUGGCUAGCUAGCUAGUUAGCCGGCUAACAGCAGCUAACUUCAUCAAACCAGAGCCAAACAAGUUUCAACACGGGGAGAGAAGAUGGACGAAGGUAUCUCCACUGCCAUUUCAAAAGGUGACCCCAUACCUCUGGCUUCACUGCGCCUCCUGGUGCCACCUCUCCAGCUUAUGGCGGCCUCCAUGAUGCAGGUUCUGAAGAAAGGAGAUGCCAUGAACUACUGGAAAGUAGCUGAAUUUGUCUCCUUGGUGACGGACAUGGUCCCUGAGCUGCUAAUGCACAAACACAAGACCCAGCUUCUACUGGGGUUAAGAUCCAGGUAUAUUGUUGAGUUGUGCCGAGGCGAUCAGCAUGAGGGACCUGAAUUAAUUCGGUCUCAUUUAGACAAGAUUAAAGUCACAAAUUCAGAAGAGGAGGGAACAGUUGUGAACUUUCUUGGGUUGAUCCAGACUCUGCUCAAAGAUCCUGAGGAGAGACGUGACUUUUUCCUGGAGGUCUUCCCUGCUGAGUAUGGCUCGCUGUAUGACAGAGAUUUGCAGACACUGUUUUCUGAGUUCCUCUUUCGGCUGGCUCAGCUGCUGCCAGUUCCCGACCUCGAACAGACUGUUUCUUGGCUUGGGGCUGACUGCUCUGUGUUUGAGGAGUGUGAGCGUUCAGUCUCCGAGCCUACAGACCUGAACAUUUUGCUCCAGCACCAUAAACACCUCGGGCGUCUAGAGCAACAUGUUCCACCUUCGAGCAUGGGGGACAGCAUCCUCUCCUCCCUCUCUGUGGUAUUUCCGAGGAGAGAGUCAACCACCCGACCAGACGAGCAACCCAACCAAACAGACUCCCUGCUAGGCCUGAGUGAUGACACUGACACUGUAACGUUUGUUGAAGAUGUGGCAGUUGAAAUAAUUACUGUCACAGAUUACGCAGAGAUUGAAUUAAGUGCAAGUACCAACAUUGAGGUGGUGAUGGGAGAAAACUGCUUUGGAGAAACAGCCGGUAACGUUGUUGCUGAAGAUUCGUUGGUGGUUCUUCCAGGUGAGACAGCCAGGAUAGAAGAAGUUGAUGUAGGCGAAAAUGAAAAAGCUGCGAGUGUUUUGACUGAAGUCAUCCCUCCAGAAGUUCAAAAGGACAAUUUGGGGCCUGCACAUCAUAACAUUUCUGUGGGGCCUCACGACUGCCCUGACUGCGAGAAGAAAUUUAAGUUUGCCUCUUCGCUGACCGCCCACAGGGUAAUCCACACUGGCGAACGCCCCCACCGCUGCAGUGACUGUGGUCGCUGCUUCUCAUUCAGGCAGUCCCUUGACAGGCACAGACACAGACAUAAAACUGCACGCAGGUACGACUGUGCCGUCUGUGGGGAAGUUUUUCAAUCACUGUCAGCCCGCACACAGCACAAGCAAAUACACAUGGCAGAUGGUGUUUACACAUGUCAUCAGUGUGAAAAGAGAUUCAACUGGGAGCUAGCACUCGCAAGGCACCUUAAAACUCACAUUGAUGAUCACGAUGCAAACAAGCCAACAGAGAGCCAGGAGGAGGUGCAAGUAGGUUUGAUUCAUGACAAAGUAAUCAGUGAAGUUGUUGCUGAACCAGACAGUCAGGUUCAUGCAGAUGAUUGUGCUGAUAGCAACCUGGAAAAUGCAAUGGUUCAGAGCAGUGAGCAUCCCACCACUGGGCUCGAAAGCACAGUUCCCGAGCUUGACAGUAAAGUGUUGUUCGCAAAGGUCCGAACAAGUGGGCGCAAACGCAAACCAACCAUGAAAAUCCAGGUGAUAAACCUUCAGAAGAGCUUGACCACCAAAAAGAAGAAGGAGAACAUCAAGAUGAAGCCUCCAGAGCUGAAGCCCUUACCGUUCAACAGCAGCGACGAACACUCCUAUGGAUCACCAGUGGUCUCAUCAAAAGAUGGUGAAAAGUUAGGUUCUGUAGAAGAUGGCUCUUCAGCUGCGUUCUCAUGUCUCAAAUGCUCCUUCAAGCACUCAGAGGAAUCACAGGUCCAGCUACACAUUGACAUGGUUCACUCCGUUCAGACCGAGGAAGACAAGGAGUCUCUUCAGCCCCUGACUGAUGAAGAGGGACGUUUCAGCUGCCCAGAAUGUGACAAGAGCUUCAAGUUCAAAUCCCUCCUAACAGCCCACCAACGCAUCCACACUGGCGAGCAACCCUUCCCAUGUCCUCAGUGCGGGCGGCUGUUUUCCUUUAAGCAGUCACUUGAGCGUCACAAGAUGACACACAAGUCCGGGCGGAAGUACGAGUGUCUGAUCUGUGGAGAGUUCUUCGAGUCCCUGAUGGCUCAGAAGGAGCACAAGAGCACCCACAUGGAGAACGGCGAGUACAUGUGUUCAGAGUGUGGCCGUGCUUUUGCCUGGAAGUCUGCUCUAGUGAGACACCUGAAAACUCACAGUGAGGAGGUGAACAAGGUGGAGCGUUCCUUUAAAUGUCCCCGCUGUGAGCAGGGCUUCAGUUGUGCCAGCUACCUGAACAGACACCUGCAGACUCACCAAGAGGAGCGAGUGCACACCUGCAACUGUGGGAAGAGCUUUGCCUACCGGGCAGCUCUUACUGCACAUCAACGCAUCCAUCAAAAGGAGCGACCACACAUGUGCACACAGUGCGGGAAGGGAUUCCUCUACAAGGGAGGGCUGCUGAGCCACAUGAAGAUCCACUCAGAGGAAAUGCCCUUCAUGUGUUCUUUCUGUGGCAAGAGCUUCAAAAGGGAGCGCAAUAUGAAGAAGCAUGAGCGCUGCCACACCAGGGAAAAUGUUUUCAGCUGCUCGCAGUGUGACAAGAGUUUUGUGUACAAGGCGACCCUGAUCAGACACGAGCUGACUCAUUCAGGUGAGAGGCCGUACCUUUGCUCCGACUGCGGGAAGGGCUUCUUUUCCCAUGCUGAGCUUCUGAAGCAUGAGCGGUUCCACACAGGCCACAAACCCUUCCAGUGCCCCCACUGUGGCAAGAGUUUCACCCAGUCCUGCUACCUGACCAUCCACCUGCGCUACCACACCGGAGUGAGGCCGUACUCGUGCACCGAGUGUGAUAAGAGCUUCCUCAGUGCCAAUCGGCUCAAGAGACACCAGCGGACACAUUCGGGGGAAAAACCAUACUUGUGUCUAGAAUGCGGAAAGGGAUUCAGGCAGUCCUAUAACCUGAAAAUGCAUCAACGAACACAUACCAUUAAGCUAACAUAGACAGGCAGGUGUGGAAUCUAUUGAUCUGGAGAUUCAAAUUGAGAUAAUUUAGUUUGGAGAAAACAAAAAUGACUGGAUUAUUGACUUUACUGCUUAUGCAAAUGCAUAGAAAUAUGAUCUCAUAAAAGUGGGUUAAAUGGGAAUGAUACUUUUUUGUUUCAUGAUUGGUCGUGUUUAGGGAUGUAAGGAUGAUGCAAGACGGUAAAAAAUUGAUUCAACAAAAUUUGUAUUUCCGCUUGUUCAACA